AUGUAUCAGGUAAGGACCAAGACAACCAUGGAACUCGAAUCCGGACACUUGAAAUGGCACGGAAAUGUGAGAGCAAUCGUGGAUGCAACUAUAGACAAAGUUUGGGCCAUGGUUUCACAGACCAAGAGGCUGCCAAUGGUUGAAAGGUGCACAGACCUUGCUGGGGAAGAAGGUCAGGUGGGUUAUGUCCGGUUAGUGUCCGGAUUCAUGUUCCCUCAAGAAGAUGGUGAAAGGUCAUGGAUCAAGGAGAAGUUGAUCUCCAUUGAUCCAUCAUCCCACAGCUAUGCUUACAAGAUGGAAGCCAGCAAUGUUGGAUUGGAUGGUUCUGUGAACAAGCUCAAGCUUGUUGAGUAUGGGGACCAUGGAUCAAGUACACUAGUUGUGUGGUCAUUUGAGAUAGAUCCUCUGGAAGGUGUAUCUCAAGAUGAUAUUAUAGACUUCUUGGGCUUUGUUUACAAAUCUUCCAAUGCUAGGAUUGGUAAUGCCAUUCAAUCUGGAGCAGACAUAGUCUGAGCAAUAGCCAAACAAGAAAUCACAUCUUCCUUGUGCUUUUUAAUGGUUUACUCAUCAUUCGAGUCGCUCUGCACACAUGUCAGACUUCUGGGCUCGUGUUUCAAACAGGUCGAGCACAAUACAUUAAUGAGAAUUAUGUUCUGUAUAU